GAGAGAAGAGAGAGAGAGAGAGAGAGAGCCCCCGACCCUCCAAACCCCCCAAAAAUAUGACAUCUAGAUUGCGGCGAAGCUGGCAGCGACUGGGACCCAGAGAGAGAGGAAAGAAGUGAAAUCUGGAGCGGAGGCUUUUCCAAGAGCUCAGCCCAGAACAAGCGCUUCGGAGCCUCCAGACUCUGGAGACUUUUUUCUUUGUCUCUUUUUCUUCUUCUUAGAAAUGUAGCUGUAUAUUUGAGAAAAGAAUAGCCCAGCCUCACUAGUUGAUGAGAGAUGUUCUGAGCCGCUAAGGCUCCGUUUUGCAGAGCUCCGCAACGCGCCGCAGCUGCUUUUGCACAGCCGAACAUCAGCAAUCGUUUCCCCGCUCCAAACCGCAGCCGCCCCGCUGCCUUCGUCCAGAAAUGUGCGACCUGAUGCCGGCCUCCCAGCCCGCUGAGAAGAUAGGCAAGAUGAAAAAGUUGAGGAGAACUUUGUCGGAGAGUUUCAGAAGUAUCGCUUUCAAGAAGGAAGACAGUAGCUUUGAUGAGAUAUGUGUCACAAAGAUGUCCACACGCGGCUGCCAGGGAACAGACUCGGUCAUCAAGCCCCUGGACACCAUCCCUGAGGACAAGAAGGUGAGAGUUCAGCGCACGCAGAGCGGCUUCGACCCGUUUGAGAAGCCUGCCAGCCAGGUCAAGAGGGUCCACUCGGAAAACAAUGCCUGCAUUACCGCCAAGAGCUCAUCUACUGGGAAAGAGUCGCCCAAACUGCGCAGGCACUCUAGCCCAAGUUCUCCCACAAGCCCCAAGUUUGGAAAGGCAGACUCAUAUGAGAAGCUGGAGAAGCUGGGAGAAGGCUCAUAUGCAACAGUUUACAAGGGAAAGAGCAAGGUGAAUGGGAAGCUGGUGGCUCUGAAAGUGAUCCGUCUGCAGGAGGAGGAAGGAACACCCUUCACAGCAAUAAGGGAGGCAUCUCUUCUGAAAGGAUUGAAGCAUGCCAACAUCGUGCUCCUCCAUGACAUCAUCCACACCAAGGAAACCCUGACUCUGGUGUUCGAGUAUGUGCACACAGACCUGUGUCAGUACAUGGACAGACAUCCAGGGGGUCUCCACCCAGACAACGUGAAGCUCUUCCUAUUCCAGUUGUUGAGAGGCCUGUCCUACAUUCACCAGAGGUACAUCCUCCACCGCGACCUGAAACCACAGAACCUGCUCAUCAGCGACACUGGAGAGCUAAAACUCGCCGACUUUGGACUUGCCAGGGCCAAGUCAGUCCCUAGUCACACGUACUCCAAUGAGGUGGUGACCCUGUGGUACCGGCCUCCAGAUGUCCUGCUGGGAUCCACCGACUACUCCACCUGCUUGGACAUGUGGGGAGUGGGCUGCAUUUUCAUUGAGAUGAUUCAGGGAGUGGCUGCCUUUCCUGGAAUGAAGGACAUCCAAGACCAGCUGGAGAGGAUAUUCCUGGUUCUUGGAACUCCGUCUGAGGAAACAUGGCCUGGCGUUAACUCCCUGCCUCACUUUAAAGCAGAACGCUUUACAGUGUACAGCGCCAAGAAGCUUCGACAAGCGUGGAAUAAGUUGGGCUACGUGGACCAUGCUGAGGAGUUGGCCUCCAGGUUCCUCCAGUGCUUCCCAAAGAACCGGCUAUCAGCACAGGCGGCCCUCAACCAUGAAUACUUCAGCAACCUUCCUCCACGGCUCUGGGAGCUGCAGGACAUGUCUUCUAUCUUCACUGUACCAAAUGUCAAGCUGCAGACAGAGAGCGGGGACAGCAUACAGGUGUGCACACGGAAGAACAGCCACGGGAAAGCAACGUCUGGCAGCAAGCACUGACCUGCGGCAGCAUCCUGCACGACUGCCAGACGGGUGGCUGCUGUGAAAAAAGAAAAGGUGAAGAUAAAGAUGGUGACAUCGAGAAGGCCCCAGCUCUCUCUUUAUUUAUUACCUUCACAAAAUGUAUGCGUGAGUGUGCGUAUGUGCGUGUGUGUGUGUUGUAUGCAUGCUUCAGAAGGUGAGUGAAAAGGUAUGCAUUUUGAAUGGUAUCUAAGAUUUCAGACUAUUAUUUGCAAGUUUUGUUUACUUUUUAUAAGGUUCUAAUAACUCAUAUAUCAUUGUCACAGUAGAAGCAAAACAACUUUACUAUCGCUACAUAUUGUGUUUUGUGUUUGUAACUAGCCUCCUAUUUAAGAAUGUAUAUUUGUAUGUAUGAUGUAAUCAUCUAGAAACUAUAUAAAGGACAGUUUUAUUAUUAUUGCUUGUUACCACUGAACGGUUCUCAGCAGGGAAGCUCUCCCUGUAGACACAUGCAUUCAGGAGGCUCAGUCCAAUCACGCUGGAGACCACAGGAAGUCCUUAGAAUUCUGAUUCAUUUCUGUCCAGUUCAGCUCUGAUUUGUGGACUUUUAAAAAGAAAAAAAAAAACAAUAAACAAGAUGAUGAUGAUGAUGAUGUUGACGAUCAUGAUAAUGAUGAUGAUGAGAGCUUUAAAGUGAUGCAACUCGUCCCCUGGCAGCCAUGUUGGAGGUCCUUCAAUCUUUGUAUUUCGGAUUGAGACCAGUUGCUGUAAAAUGUACUUAUUUCCUGAAUCACUUUUGUCUUUGUGGUUAAUAUUUUUUAAAGAAAAGCUCUUUUUUAAAGGUUGCCGGGAGUUAGAGAGACAGUAGCAGUUGUAAAAAAAAAAAGUAAUUAUCCUAAAACAUUUAGCUUUAUUUUUUUGUUUUUUCUUUUGUUUUUUUUCUGCUCUACAGCAUGCAAAGCAAUAUCAAAUGGAAAAAGACCUGGCUAGUUUCUUUAAGGAAGCUGAUGGAACUGCCCGACUCUUCCAAAUAAAAGAACAUAAAAAAGAUGUGGUCUCAUGUACAAAGAGUUGCACGGAUUUCCUGCUGAACCAUAUCAAUAUAUCAUACAGUAUUUGCAGGGAUUAGGGUCCACACCCUCUCACAAAUAGUUGAAAUCCACAAAUAAUGGAGUCUUUCUGAAAAGCCUUAUAGCUGCUUAUUUAUAUCAUUCAAACACCAAAUAUAUCUUAACGUGCAUUUAUACACACAGUGAAAAUUAUCAACAACAAUCUUACUUAUCUUUACUCUUUGGGAUAAUUUGUCAAAUAAAUGGCGCUCUUGGAUUGGCCGGUUUAGAAUUGCUAGCCAAUAGUGUAUCAGGUACCAUUGAACCAAGUUAUUUUUUCCUUAGAUAAUCUUUAUGAAAAAAUAUGUGAAUACUUCCAAAGAAAAAUCCAGAAUAUAGCGAAAACGCAAGCACAAAUAGCUAGUUAAAUAUUUACCCUGCAGGUGGAAUUAUUCUCUCUGAAUUAUCAAAAAAACAUUUCUUUAUUGAAAAAAGGAUAUUUGGAGAUUCUCCAUAUACCCUUUUUGUGUAGAUGCAGAAAAAAGCACAGAUUGGACAAGUAGUGAUAGUAAUGAUUAACAGAUUGAUUUGUAAAACCUGUUAAUAUUGUAUACCUGUUGCAGAAACAGGAUCACCCACUUUUUGUGUGUGCAGAGGGAAAGGCUGAAGCUGAGACAACUGCUGUAAAGACAAGAGGCACUUGGAGAUGUAGGGACGUGAAAUAAUAAGACAAGGAUUAGGUUGGAUAAAUGUCUCUGCUGAAGCUUAAAUAUGAUGUAUAUUUUCAAAAUCAUCAUUCUAUCCUCGCUCUGUCUCUCUGAUAGAUUAAACACGUGGCAUAAUUUAGAUUUCUAAGUAUGUAUUGGCAGACUGAGGGAAACUCAGAAGAAUCCAUGUCUGAGCUCUAAAGGAGUCAUCCUGAUGAUGGGGAGCCAGAAAACAGCCUUAUCAUGAGAAAUGACAGGGUGCCUCCAUUUUGUGUCAAAUGCUGUUAAGUUUCUCGGAACCAGCUGUGGAUUCGGCUGUGGUUAAGUUGGCCUUGUCUCUGUCGACUGGAAGAGACAAUCAGCCACGGCUCACUCUCUGAGCAGAUAGCAGGCAGGUUGUUGGAUGUUUGGCUUUUCCCUCUCCUGGAAUUCAGAAUUACAAGCAACUCCAAAAUCUUUCUCCAAAAUUCAAUUAAAACUGGAUUGAACUACUCUGAGAAGAAAAACAGAUUGUCCUUUUGACAUGCAUUUAAGUUUUCAGUUUUUAAUCCUAUCAAUUUAAAAUGUAAUGCUUUUUAACAAUGCCAGGAGGACAGGCUAUAAAAUUAAAAGAUGAUUUUUAAACAGUUCAUAGAAGUUUUCACAUCUUUACAUAUGUUUCAGGUCAGUUUUGGUGAGUUUGUAGGAUGUUUUUUAGCUUUUAAAAAAUAUGAAGUAAUCAGUCAGUCAAAUUGCAGAUGAUGAAAUGAAUACAAAAUGUUUGUUCCACAGAGGCUUAAUGAGCAUAAGAUUAAAGUAAUAAACUGAAAUGUCCCAAUAUUAUAUUCACACUGUGCUGUUUAUGAUAAUUUUUCAAAAGAAAAUUAAUAAUACUAAUACUAAUAAUAAUAAUAAUAAUAAUAAUAAUAAUAAUAAUAAUAAUAAUAAUAAUGAUGAUAAAGCCAGUGAGUUCAUGGUACUCCCUACAGCAUGCUUUCCACUGUCCUGCUCAAAUAUCGAUGCUUCUCUAUUUAAUUCAUGGACAAUCAUCUGCACCCUUUGAACAUGAGGCUCCUGCAUUCUAAUAUUUCUAAAUGGGACAUUCUCAUUGUUGGGUUGGGUAGCGUCAGUGGACCUCCAUGAUGGAACCAGAUCUUGUUGUUGCAACCUGAAAGCUUCUCCUGAACAAUCUGUGUUGAACAUACUGAUGAUGCAGGGACAGCGCAAAGUGCUUUUAGACGCAAUACUCCAAUGAACCACAACGGCUCUGAUGGAAACAUAGAUUUGAGCAUAACAAACAUGGGCAAUAUAAGUGUCAGUGCUUCCAUCUGAGAAUACGAGCUAAUGUACAUAAAGACAAAGCAGCAAGACAAUAGGCUAAAAAGCCUCACUCUAUGUUUUGAUCCAGUUCUGAAAAAUCCAUCUUCCAAGUUUUCUGACAUGCCAAAAAAUUUGAUCGAUUCAUGUUGAUACUUAAAUCUGUUUGUUCCUUAUUCAAGAGUUAUGACUACACCAGAGUUUUCUUUGACAAAGUAAAUGUGUGAAGGAUGGGUUUAUGUGCAGCCUGUGCUGCAAAGGUUGUGCAUAACUUUGACUCGUCCCUAGGCCACCAACAUACACUCUCCUGAGGCUGUUCCCUGAGAUGUCUUCCCCCAAAACUUUGCAUAUUUUUCUGGAUGUUUUGGAACUUUCUACUGAACAAAGCUCGGCUAUAUAAAGUGACAUCAUUUGCAAAUAUGUUAAAAAUGAUUUUUUCUAUUGCUAAGAUUUCUUUUUUUUUCUUUUUGUGUAAAGAUAAUUGAAUAUUACAGAGUAGUUGUGUUGUGAUAAUUGUAAGGUAUAAUCAAACUAAUGGCUUCCUUCUCAUUAGUCCAUUUCAGAACAAGUGAGACAUUAAUAACGGCCCUGCACUGUUGAACAGCCGAGAACAUGAGGCUGCAAAUCUAAAGCCACGGACAAAUGGAUACUGUAGAUAUUAUUCCUGUUCCUCUCUAGCACACACAAACACACGCACACACAAUAACAUGCGCACACUCAAGUUUGCAUUUCAACCCGUAUUAGGACUUUGUAUUGACUUCCAUCAAUUUAAGUAACUGGAUAUAAGCCUAACCCAGAUAUUUUCCCAAAACAAAACCUAAUUCACAUCACACCUCUCACCCCUAACCCUAAACAAUGGGGUCCUCUGUAUUGGGACUGGGCUUUGGUCCCCAUGAGGCCCAUUGGUCUUCAAAAGGUUAGUAAAUAUGCAAGAAAUGGUCCUAAAUAUGAUAACUAAACAAGUGCACACAUAUACAAUUCCAGGUAAGACAGCUGUAUUACCUAACAUUAGAAACUGCUCUGCAGCUUCUGCAGCUCCAGCUACAGUAUAGUUUACUUUCAACACCAUUGUUCAGCUAAAACUGUUUUUUUUCUUUUUUUCUAAAAGGUUACUUAAUGCAACUUUUGCAGUAAAAAGUUCUCUCCAUACAGACCACUGUUGUAUUUUUAAGAAUGAUAUCCCAAAGCAAGCUAAUGACAUGCUUUGUAUUAAACCAAAUGUUACAGUCUCCUUCCUUCCUGAGUGUUGAAAUGGAUAAACUAACCAGCAGUCUAUAAUGAUGCAGAAGAGCCUUAUUUUUUGGUUUAUCUGCUGUAAUCAGGUCAAGGUCUCAAAAAUGACUGACAAACCCUCCCUUCUGGCUCUACCUUAGUAGAAACAAUAAGUAGGUGGAAGUGUCAGCAUAGUGAAGUAUAGUCUGUUUGAUAAUUGGUACGUAGCGUUUAAAAUAAAUACCAUAGACAUAUCUGUACUAGCAUCUGUACCCUUAUAUGGCAAUAAUUCCAUCCACAAAUUCAUAAUAGAAACAACCAAAAAAUAAUCAUUUCGAAAAGUUUGUCCAAAUCUGUUGUACAGAUACACUUACAGUUCAACAUGUUUGUUUAUUAGUUUCUGACUUCAGCUAGAAUUUUUAAAAAUAGAAGGUAAGUCAAAUCUAUCACAUAUAUAAAAAAAUGUUGCAUAUUGUGGGUUUUUCAGACCCACUCAAUAUUGAUCCAGUAACAAGCUGGUAAACAGUGAAUAAAUAGGGAAACCAGAACCUUUUUUCCUUUUCACAACAGAAAUAAAAACCCAAACAAGCCAUCUUCCACUUAAUAACUUUGCAUGUUUUCCUUCGUUUGGUUUGACAUUUGUAAAGUUGAACUGGAGCCGUUGGGAAUAAAUGGUUUUCUUUGACAAAGCAAAUGUCAGAGAAUUCAGUCAGUCUCAGCAACAGACUGAGACUGUUGCUUUUAAGGUUGAUUACAGCGACUGCUGCUUCUCCUGUAGAUGACAUCCAAGUACUGCGUACAGGUGGGAAUAUCCAACCAAUAACAGGGAAGCUAUGGAGUUAUGAGGCACUUAGACAGUUUAUUGUGAUUCCGUUCCAAUCCAGCUUUUCCAACCACAGAGUUGAACCUCUGAGAUUUAAAAAAGAUGAUGGGCUUAACUUACCCAGCAGCAUUUUAAAAAAUGCACUUUAAAUAAAAAUUGCCUGUAUGGUCACUUUACUCUCUGGCUUUCCCUAAACGAUAAACGCAUAAAUAUUCAUGCCCUCUCUCUCGGCUGGAUGCAGAGCAUGCCGGCUUCCUCACAAAUGUAAAUCUCAUCCCUGGAUGUGAACCCUUACAUGGACAGAGGGGAGCUGGUAGAUCUGCUCUACUUGAAGUUAUCUUUCAGCUUUUCAGUGUCACCCGCAGGCUGUGAUUGUGCAGCAGGAAAAAGGGGAGGAGAGGCGGUGGGUAAUGCCACUAAAGCAGCGUGACAGAAGAGGGUUAAUACCAUCGAGCUGUGCUAAGAUUGCCCAGCCUCGAGUGGCUUUAGGGAUUGCAGGCAGUAUUAGCCAAGAAUAAUUAUUUUUGCUAUGUUGCUCCCUGUGUGAGCACGCUCUCUGUGUGCCGCGCGUUGCUUCAUUACACCCCCCAACUGUUUCCUGGAGCUCCUGCAGCCUGCAGUUUGCUGUAAAACUUUUCAAGUCCCACGUGGGCAGAGUUGAAACUCUGUUCAAACAGGAAUGUUCUUCAUACAUUUUGUAGAAGGUCCAGUGAAAGGGGUGGUAUUGCAUAUUUAACACUGUGACUGCAAAAUGAAAUAUCACCGGAAACGUCAAAGGUGGAAGCUUAGCGUGUGAACAGGGUUGGAAGAGUCUCCUUAGCGCUAAUGAAAAGUCAUGUAUGAUAAUGCAUAUUUCUAUAAAUAUAUAUAUAUAUGAAAGGCCUCUAUUUUUGGCAUUUAUUAUGUGGACAUAAGUGAUUUGACUAUAAUAAACAUGUAGGUUGGCUCUGACAUGCAUCCUGGCUGUGCUCAUCAAUAAAUCUGUGUUUGCAAGAUUUUAAUGUGAAGCUUCUCUUGCAGUUUGCUUUUUUUUUCUACGCUGCACUGAAAAACUGAACAAAAACAUCCUUUUCACAAGUGGUUUGGAGUCGCCAAUCACUUUAUAGGGUGAAAUAAUAUUGUAUACUUUAGGAUAGCUGUUGCAUUAUUUGUUACAACCUCUAUGUAAUGUUAUUAUGGAAGAUGUAAUGUCCUUCUGUAAAUGUUUAAUGUUGUUUACCUGAAAUAAAAUUCUUCAAAGAUCUUAUGAA